AUGGCUAGGGCAUUGGGCAACAAGGCGCCGUCACGGAGGACGUCAAAGACAGCGGCAGUCUUUGAGCAGGAUUCAGACGGUUCGGAUGCCGGAUCUUUGCAACUCGGAUCGGGAAGCGAGCUUGGUGCCGACCUGGAGGAUCAAGUCGACAGCGAGGAAGACGAGGAGGAGGAGCGACCUAAGUACGCACAGUUCAUGGAUGACUCGGAUCUCGAGAAAGACUCUGACAUCGACACUCAGGACGACGAUGACGACGACGAAGAAGCUGACGCAGCGCAAGCGGCGUACAGCAGCGACGAAGCAGCAUCUGACGACGAGCAGGAUCACAUUCGACAGCAGAUGGACAAGAUUUCCUUUUCUGCUCUCAUGAAAGCAAAACAACAGCUGCAAAGAUCAACGAGCGACGACGAUGCGCACGACCAUUCGGAUCCCGACAUUUCGGACCUGGAGGAAGACGAAUUCGCACAAGACCGUCAGCGUCUCGCAGCUGCCAAAGCGGGCAAACAACCUCAACGCAAUGGUAGCUUCAGAUCCGCAGAUGCCGACGAAGCGCUCGAACAAAAGCGUCGUGAAGUUCGUGAGCGCUUACGACAGCUCAACGGAGGAUCGGCAUCAGCGGGCGGUCCUUCCGGCAACGGUGCGGCCGACGAUGCCUGGGCGGAAGCACGCAAACAACGCGAACAACGACGCAAGGAGGCGGCCGAACGCAAAGAGCUCGUGAAACGUUCCAACAAGAACGCCCCCACCGAAGUUUCCAGCAAGCGACCCGUCUCUCGUCGUCGCAACGUCAUCGAGACAGCCUCGAACCACGUACGCGAUCCACGAUUCGAAUCCUUGUCCGGCAGCGUCAACAAGGACCUCUUCUCCAAAUCCUACUCAUUCCUGCCCGAGAUGUUCAAAGACGAACUCGGCACGCUCAAAAAGACGCUGGCAAAGCUCAAAAAGCAGGAAGCGGCACAAGCCGGACCCAAAGCCAAAUCCGAACAGGCGUUGUCCAUCCGCGAAGAGCGUGCAAAGGUGGAGGCUACACUGCGCAGAGCAGAGGGUCUAGCAGGAGAGCGAGAGAGGAGGGCCAGAGAGUCGGCCGUCAAGGGCAAGAUCAAGUCGCAGAACAAGGAGAGGGUGGAGAAGGGUCUGUUGCCAUUCUAUCCCAAGAAGAGCGAGGUCAAGCAGAUGCUGCUCAAGGACAAGUACGAUCGCUUGUCUGGUGGUGGCAAUGAGGACGGAAAGAGAGCGAGCGGGCAGGAGAAGAAACAGCUCAAGAAGGCGUUGGAGAGGAGGAGGAAGAAGAAUGCUCAGAAGGAGAAGAAGGACAUGCCUGCCGGCAUCGGGUUUGCGAGAGAGGGGAACGCAGCCGUACCAAAGCGCAAGCGCCAUAUGGAUGCAGGCGAAUCCAGCAAGCGAUCGCGGUUCUAG